AUGUCGACUCCUCAACCUCCCACUCAGUCGGGACAGCAGCAGCAGGGAGGCGGCGGAGGCGGGAACCCAGACGCCUCGUACCGCGCCAUUCUCGACUACCUCGCCAAGCGCGGCCACCACAAGGCUGCUGUCGCGCUCCAGGCGGACCUCGAGGGUGCAGCAGGCGGGGCAGGAGGGAGCAGGCCUGCGAGUCCUGCGACGGCUGCUGCGGGAGGAGGAAGGGCUGUCGGGUUGGACGACUUUACGGAGAGGAAUGCACCGAGCGCGCCGAGGGCUGGGAGUGCAGGUGCGGCUGGACAGCAGGGACAACAGCGGAGGAGGAUGGACCAGAGCGUUGCGCCGGGCCAGAUGCUGGUUGACCCGCCAAGCUGGGAGAAGGGGUACGAGGGGAUUAGGGCGUUUGUUGAGAACUCCCUCGACAUUCACCGACCAGAACUCGAGCCCAUCCUCCUCCCGCUCUUCGUCCACUCGUACCUCGACCUCGUCCAAAUCGGCUGUCGUGACGCGGCAGACCACUUUCUCAACCGCUUCGCCUCCGACCAUGCCCCCCUCUACCCGUCCCUAAUCCGCCUCCUCGCCUCCCUCCGUCUUCCCUCACACGUCGACGAAAACCCCUCCUCCCACCGCUGGCGGCACGAGCCCUAUCACGUACGCAUGUCCGAACGAGGAUGGGGACUGCUGCUUGGAUGGCUGCAGGGUGGAGGAGCGGGAGGUGGAGGCGUGGUUGCGGAGGGCACGGAGGGACGGGGACGGGAUAGGGUGUUGGCUAUCAUCAACGAGCGAAUCAAGAUUGACGCCAUUCCUGGCCCACCUCUCCGCACAUCCCUCGCCUCUCACGGCCUCGAAACCGACUACCACCCGCUCCUCCACUCCGCUCACCCUCACCCCUCCACCGGCGCACCCGACACGGGAUCCGACAGUCUCAAACUCGGCCCCGCACCGGUCAACCCUGCGCUUGAGCGGGAGGUGAAGCGCAAGUUGCGGGAUGAGGGGGACGAUGAGGCGGAGAGUCGCGAGGGGAAGAAGGCGGAUGAGAUGGCUGUUGAUUCGGGUGCCGCGGGCGCUGAAGGUGCGGAAGGCGACGGUUCCAAGACUGCCGCGACCACCGAUGCGGACGAAGGCGAAGGCGGGAAGAAGGCGACCUCGACAACCGAAGAUCUCGUCUCCCCUUUCCCCGCCGAGCUUCCUCCUUAUCCGGCCGUCUUCCGCACUCUCGACGUCCAGCGGGAAGUCUCGCUCGUCCGUGAGGCGCGGAAGCGAAUCAAGUUGGGUGGAGAGGCGUAUGCGCCGGAGGGGGCGCUGGUGCCGACUAACACGGGCGGGGCGGGCGCGGCGUUGGGUGCGGCGCUCAUUGGUGGAGAGGAUGGGAAGAAGGGAGAGAGCGAGGAUAAGCGCAGGGGUGUUGCGAAGCCGAGCGUGUGCUUGUUCACGGUGCAUGAUGCGGGAGAGAGCUUGACGACCGUCUCGUUCUCGGAAGACUCGACAAUGAUGGCGACCGGAUUCAGCGAGUCGUACAUCCGGCUGUGGAGCUUGAACGGCAAGGGUCUGCGGGCGCUACGGACGGAUCUGAAGAGCGAGGAGGUCGGCAAGAUCCAUGAUGCCAACGGCCUCGGCAAACUCUACAACCCAGAAGCGCCCCAAACGCGCAAGCUCAUCGCCCACUCCGGCCCAAUCUACUCCCUCUCCUUCGACCCAGUCCCCGGUCCCUCCCAACCCCCUCGCUACCUCCUCUCCGCCUCAGCCGACUGCACCGUCCGCCUCUGGUCGCUCGAGACCUUUACGAACCUCGUCGUGUACCGCGGACAUCGCGAGCCGGUUUGGGCGGUCGAGUGGGGCCCGAGGGGCGUGUACUUCGCGACGGCUAGUCGGGAUAAGACGGCGCGACUGUGGAUCACGGACAAGGUCAACGCUGUCCGGAUCUUUGCGGGUCACUUGAGCGAUGUCAACUGCCUCGCCUUCCACCCCAACUCGCUCUACCUCGCCACCGGCUCAUCCGACCGCACCUGCCGCCUGUGGGACGUCCAGAAAGGGCACUGCGUGCGCGUCUUCGUCGGCCACCGCUCCUCCGUCCAGCUCGUCAAAAUCUCCCCCGACGGGAGGUACCUUGCUUCGGCCUCCGACGACGGGCUCAUCAUCCUCUGGUCCCUUGCGUCCGGCGCGAGGGUUAAGACGUUUUGGGGCCACCAGGCGCCGAUCAAUUCGCUGAGCUUCUCGAUGGAGAGUACGGUGCUUGUGUCGGGAUCGAGCGACGAGACGGUCAGGGUAUGGGACGUCGCGACGCCGCCGGCGGAGGAGGACGGCGGAGACGCGUCGGGCGGACUGGCGGGAGCCAAGUUGGGUGGUGUUGCAGGAGCGGGGGGAGCGAAGGGACGAUUCCCUGGGCUGGUGGGAGCGGGAGCGGAGGGGAAGCGCAGGGCGAGUGCGGUUGCGGGCAUUGGUGUUGGGAAGGACGGGAAGGACGGGGACGCGGGGAAGAAGGGCGACGGGCUUGGCUUGAUCCCGCGCGCGACGGCCGGAGAGGGGACUUGCCCCGACUUGCUCACGACGCUCGCGACGAAGCGCACGCUUCUCCUCGAGGUCAAGUUUACGCCUCGGAACCUCUGCCUCGCCGCCGGCGCGAUGCGGGAAGCGUCGUAG